AUGUCUUUGAUCCCAGGAUCAAAUUAUGCAUAUACACCCCUGAAUCAGCUGAAGGAUGGUACAGUUGUCAAUGUUUACGGUGUUGUCAAGUUUUUCAAGCCCCCAUACCUAAGCAAAGGAACUGAUUAUUGUACAGUUGUAACAAUUGUGGACCAGACAAAUGUAAAGUUAACCUGCAUGCUUUUUAGCGGAAAUUAUGAAGCCCUUCCAAUAAUUUAUAAAAAUGGAGACAUCGUUCGAUUUCACAGACUGAAGAUCCAGGUGUAUAAAAAUGAGACACAGGGUAUUACCAGCUCUGGCUUUUCAGCUUUGACAUUUGAAGGAACCUUGGGAGCUCCUGUCAUACCUCGUACUUCGAACAAGGUUUUCACUUUCACCUCCGAGGACCACAAAAGAGUGGAAGCCUUACGUGAGUGGGCCUCUCACCACAUCUCGCCUUCUUCAGCAUUGCUACAGCUGUGUGAGGUUCAGCCUAUGCAGUACUUUGACCUGACCUGUCAGCUUUUGGGGAAGGCAGGAGUGGAUGGAACAUCGUUUCUGCUGAAGGUAUGGGAUGGCACUAGGACGCCCUUUCCAUCUUGGAGGGUCUUGCUAGAAGGCGCUGCUCUCGAAGGUGAUUUAAGUCAAAUCCGUCGGCUGAAGAACCUGGCAGUAGACGUUGUGGUUUAUGAUAACCACGUUCACGUGGCAAAGACUCUGAAGAUUGGAAGCUUUCUUCGGAUUUAUAGCCUCCAUACAAAACUUCAGUCAGUGAAUUCUGAGACUCAGUCAACAUCAUUAAACCUAGAGUUUCAUCUCCAUGGAGGUACCAGUUAUGGUCGGGGAAUCAGAGUCUUGCCGGAAAGUAACUCUGAUGUGGACAAACUGAAAAAGGUUUUAGAAUCUGUAGAUUUGACAGCUACUCAGCAUUUAAAUCCUGUCUGUGAAUCACAGUGUGAGGACAGCAUUCAAUCCAUGUCAAGCUCUGGAUCGGUAUCACCCUAUGAAAUGGAACGAUGUUUACAACUAUUUGCUACAGUGCUUACAGAUCACAAUUAUUUGGAGAAAACUCCGCUGUGUGCCAUCUUGAAACAGAAAGCUCCUCGAGUGUACCGCAUCCAGGCGAAACUGAGGUCAUACAAGCCCAGGAGACUCUUCCAGUCAGUUAAACUUUACUGCCCUGAAUGUCAUACACUACAAGAAGUUCCACAGGACAGCGAUUUAGAAACAAUUUUGCAAGAAAGUGCAACUAAAACCCCAGAUAGCAAACUGCAAAAUACGUCACUGUAUGAUUCCAACACGUGGACCGUUAAAGAUGACCCAGGAGAGCGAAAAGUAGCCAUUCAUUUUGUGAAAAAUAACAACACUCUCCCAUUUUCACAUAAAUAUCUAAUAUUGACAGAAGGAGCUAUACUCCGGGAAAUCUACAGCCUCUCAGACACAUUUCAUAGUAUAAUCCUUGUGAGAUCCGGCAGUGAAGACCUGGAACUCCUUGACCUCUCGGCACCAUUCCUUAUACAAAGGGAAAUACGCCACUAUGGGUGUAAACAGUGUUCCCGUUUGAAACCAAUACAAAAUCUGAGUUCCCUACUAGAUAAAACAUCGUGGAUCCCAUCCUCUGUGGCCGAAGUUCUAGGUGUUGUACCCCUCCAAUAUGUGUUUGUUAUGACCUUUACACUUGAUGAUGGAACAGGAGUUCUGGAAGCUUAUCUUAAGGAUUCUGACCAUUUUUUCCAAAUACCAGCAUCAGAAAUCCUAACCAGUGAUGACCUUCAGGAUAAAAUGGAAGCGAUCAUGGAUUUGCUUUGUCCUCCAGGAAGAAAAAUCGACAUAUAUCCAUGGCUGGAAUGCAUCAUCAAGUCAUAUAAUGUCACGAAUGGAACAGAACAGAAAAUAUGCUAUCAGAUUUUUGACACAAUGGUUGCAGAUGAUCUUAUGUAA